CGAACUGAAAUGCAGCUAAACUUAAGAAAAAUACAAAUGCCCAAGAUUAUUCUAUCAAUCACUGGGUCGAAAUAGUUUUACAUUACCGUACUAAUCUUCUUCCAUGUAGGCCUAACCUAACCAGACAAAUCUUCAGUCGAUUGAUCCAUUCCCAUCCCCAAUUGGAUCGUACAUGUCUCUACCUGCCUUGUACCUUUACCUUUAGUUAUCUUUCAUGGCAGGUCCCAGCUAGCCUGGCAUCUGACACAGAUACAAGCAAAGAAUUUGAUGAUUGAUGCUGCGUGCAGCAUAUGACCGAUUUGGGGGCUUUGCAGAAAAGCAAUUCAAAGGAAGCACAAGGCAGGAAUAUAUGCCAGGGAAUGGAACGCCGCACGUCAUUUCAUUGAAGCCUCUGCAUUAGAGAAGCACCUAGUAUAUGCAUGUCAGUUGUCUGCUCUCCAGACAUUAUCGCUCAUCUUCCUCCUUAUGCAUAUGCAACCAUGCAUGGUUUCCUGAAGUCAAGAUCAAGGAAAUAUUGGUUGGCUGGAAGGAAGUAGGGAGCUUCAAAGAGAUAGUUUUGCGAGCAGAUGGUGAGAUAUGGAGAUCCAGAAAGCAUUGAUGCAGAUGGAGCUGCUAGUCCAGCUUGUAGUUUAACAAGUGCUAGCUAAACAUACUGCAAAGCAACAACACAUUGUAUUCACCAUGGAAACAGAGGUAAUCAAUAUCAAGGCAGACAACAUCAGUGGUGCUGCAGAGGAGAUAAUCCAUUUUCUGAUGGGUUCAAACAAAGGAGAUGUGAUACACUUUGAUGGCUGGGGUGGAUUGGGGGCAUCCGCUGUUCUCAAAGCCAUCGCCACACGGCUCAAAUCAUCAGCAUCACUGUUAGGAGAGGCUGCUACUGUGAUGAAAGCAGGCAUGGACAAAAUCAUCCACGUUGAUUGCUCACUGUGGCAAAACACCAGGGCUGUGCAGAAGGCCAUUGCGAUUGAUCUGAAUCUUCCUCAACAUGUGAUAGCCCUCUUUGACCAGUGGGAUGAGAAGGACGAUUUUGAUGGGGUACACCAGGUUGCUAGAGGCCCAAUACAACAUGUCAAGGAGGAAAUCUUGUACAACCUUCGUGACCGCGGAUUCCUGGUGAUCUUCCAUAAUGGGAGUGGCCGCUACAUUGAUCUUAAAGAUUGUGGUAUCCUUGUAGCAGGGCUUUUGGGCAAGAGGGUGUUGUGGACCUCCCGAGGCAGGUUUUCACUUCAUAGCAAUGACAUAAGAGAGGUGCAUGAAAGGAAGUUAGCUGAGAGUAAUGUUUCUAUAUAUGCUGAUUUGUCAAGUGAUUCCAUACUUAAUAGUGUCAGGCACCUGCUGCAAGUAGAGGCUGAGGAGGUAGCCUUCUACAGCGGUGUCCUUGAACCUGAUAUGAGCACCAAACUUGUCAUGGAGUGCAUCUUGUACAAGGCAUUGAGAGGUGAUGACUAUGGCAUCAACUGGGGCACCAACGCAGCCAAUUAUUGGGUAUGUGAUGGAAUCAUAAAAGAUGCCACCAAUGGUGAUAGAUCGGCAUGGGAGAUUGCUGAAGCUCUGCAUAGUGCUAUGCACUUGGAGGAUUGGCAUCAGGUCUGGGCAGUCAAUAUUCGUGAUGCCUUUGGGUUGAGUAGUAAAGAGUGGAGGCACACAAACCGCUGGAUUUCAACUACCCACCAGUAUGUAGCUACAGUAAAAGUGCCACCUCAAGCAACAUCCUUCUUUGUGACGGAAGCCGGAUCACUGAUUGACAAAAGUAGCUCCAUGAUAUUACGAGGUGACAUGUUUGGACAUUCAAACAGGAGCAGAUUGCGUGUACUACAUCUCUCCCAGUGUACCUUCAGUUUUUCAUCACCCCCCUUCCUUGGCUGCAGCAACCUUAGGUUCCUCCUACUUGACCAUUGCAAGGACAAGGACAUAGACGAUCAAAUGGCAGCUCAUCUUGAUGAAGAGGAUGAGCAUCAACAGAGCAAAAUGGGCCAUCACAAUAGAACAUGUUUUGAGGAGCUUUGGGUGUUGGACAUAAGUUAUACAGAGUGGUAUUGGUUGCUAUCAGAAGAGAUGAUGGAUCAAAUGGUUCACCUUCAUGAGUUGAAUGUGAAGGGGAUUAAGAAUGCGACCUGGAUAAGCCAUCUAGGUCCUGGCCAUGUUGCUAGAAGCAACAGCUGCAGGCCGCGCAACCUUGGCAAGCUCCGAGUUACAUGUUGCGAGAUUACAAACCAAGCAUCAUCAUUUGUAGAAUUCCCUGACCUGUCAACCUCUAGUAUCAAGACAAUUGCCCUUGAUGGCUGUGUUGAGCUGGAGAAACUUGCCCACAAUUUCCUGCCUCUGUUGCUAGAGUCAUUUAUAUUCGUCAGCAAUGUCGCCGCCAAGAUAAAGAUCAUCUCGUUCCAGGGAUGCACGCAACUGAAGAGCCUAUUGCUGAGAGGAUUGUUAGAGAACCUCGUGGAGAUGGACAUGUCACAUACAGCAAUCAAAAUGCUUGACCUUACUGCAAUGCAAGCUCCACGUCUCAACAAGCUAAUUCUGUUGGGUUGUGAGAAGCUACGAGCAAUACUAUGGCCUAGGGAAUGGAAGAAGCUAGAAUUGUAUGUGCUACACAUUGACACCACUGAUGCAAGAUGGGUGGGAGAAGACAAAUCAAGCAAGAAAGAGGCAGCCAGUGGCGAUACAAGUGUAGGUUCAUCAUCAAGAAAAGUGCUUCAUGGCGACCAAGCAGUUGUUAACUUUGAUUUCUACAUUUCAUUGAGGAAUGCAAGAUUCAUUCGGUCACUUUUGCACGACAGACUUGGCAACCGUGUAUCUGUUGAGAUUUCAUCUACUGCUAAUAUUUCUGCAACUUAUGGUUUUAAAGAAGCUAGCCGAGAAAUGCAUACUGGCAUUUGUGGCUGCAAACAACCAGUGCCAACUGUAAACCUGCAGAAGCCAAUCGAUAACUUAUACAUGGAUGACAUUAACACCCACUUCGAAGACAUCUUGAAAGUUGAUGAUGGUGAUAGAGAUGCUAGUGAUGGUGGAGAUGCCCCAUCUUUCAUUUAUAUGUGGCCUUGUCCUUCUAAUUGUUUGAAACCAUAUAGUGCCCACUGCUACAUCAGCGUACAGGAUGAGAUGCAAACUAAUUUACAUCAGGGUACUACUACUAUUAUAAAAGAAGCUAGUGGCAUUACUUUGCCAGAUUUCGUGCAUGACAGUGCAUUGAGCCUGCACUUGCACGAUUGCUUGUCUAUCACCAGUAUCCAAGGCCAUGCAUCUGCUGCAAUAGAUUUGAGUUGGAGGAUCCUAUGGUGGUGCCGAAUUGAGAGGUGUCCUAACUUAGAAGGCACUAUUUUUACUGCGCCUUGCACUCGAGACAAUAUUUUCCGGAGUCUCGAAACAUUCUGGGCAUCUCAACUCUUAAAGGUUUUCUACAUCUGGGACUGGGACACGUCAUUGUUUCAGCCUAGCUACAAUUCAUUCGAGAACCUGAAGUUCUUACAUCUAGAUCGGUGCCCCAGGUUGGUACAUGUACUCCCCUUAUGCUCAUCAAAUUCAAAUGGAUGCCGUAGCUUGAAAACACUUGAAAUCGUGUGCUGCGGUGCACUCAAGGAUGUCUUCCCACUGGAUUCCGAUUCAACUAUAGUAUUCCGAAGGCUAAAGCGCAUCCACCUGCACGAGCUACCCAAGCUGCAGCGCAUCUGCGGCCGCAAGAUGUCCACGCCCCAGCUCGAGACCGUGAAGAUCAGGGGCUGUUGGAGCCUCAAACGGCUGCCAUCUGUUGGUCGCCACGAUAGCACACCACCUAUAGUGGACUGCGAGAAGGAAUGGUGGGAUGGCCUUGAGUGGGAAGGCAUGGAAGCCAACCACCAUCCUUCCCUCUACAAGCCCAUCCACUCGCACUACUACAAGAAAGCCCUGCGGAGAACCUCCCUACUCAGGUAGCCAGUAAUCCCUACUAUCUCAAAUGAUUACGGCUUGGCAUGUCAUGGGAGAAGAGAUGCUUACUCUGCUUUCUUCAAGUCAAUGAUAAGUUAUGUAUGUCCUUGUACUCUUUGCAUCAUUGCAUGACACUGUGACGUCUCGCUUGCAAGGAAGAGAUGCCUUGUCUACAGACAGAUCUGCUGCUUAUUUUGCAUCUGCAUGAUUUUGCCCGUCAUGGAUGCGAUCUGCAUCCGCAUUGUCCGUGAUUUCUGUUUGGUUUUUGUUGCCUUUGCUGGACUUCCAUGGAGAAACGAUGCAUCAUCUUUAUGGACAGAUGAUGAUCCAAUUUGAGUUGCUCAAUUUGGUGGCCUAGCUUCAUAGCUUGGGUAGAAUAAACAAGAGCACGAGAUCAAUCAUCAGCUUCAGCAUUAACAGAAUAAUCUAGUGGCUGAACUACUGAACUCUUCAUCCUGUAUUGCUGCUUGGUGUAAUAAUGUGUGGUGUGCUGCUACCCGUUUGUGUGUGAUUUGUCACUAUGUGUGGACUGUUGUACCUUUCUUACUUUUUACUACCAUUCUAUUUGGCUGGCAUCAUUUGAUUUGUUUUGGGUAGAUGCAGGAUUUGUAUGCCGAUCAAUAUCAAAUACUCCCUCCGUUUCAUAUUCA